GUUUGGAAACAAAACAAAGAAACUAAUCAGAGGAGUUUCUUUCUUUCGUUCCUUUUGUUUUUUCUUUUUGGUUUACCCGCGUAGCUCCAAGCCAAAGUGAGCAGCAUGGACCUGACAGUGCGCUUACAGCCAGGAAGCAUUUGCGUUCCAUCGCGGGAUUUCUGCCUUUAUUCAACUCCACAACUCUAAAGUGAAAGGGAGAAAUGCGUUGCAACAAAAUAACUGAGUAAGAUGUGUUCAUUGAUCCUCAUCCCAGUGCUGCUGGUGCUGUGGAGCAGCGACACCUCAGCUAUCAGCUCCAUAGACCCUGACUGGUCAGGAGAGGGGAGAUGUCAGCAUAUAAGCAUCCCCCAAUGUAAAGACAUCGGCUACAACAUGACCCGCAUGCCAAACCUCAUGGGACAUGAUGAUCAAAAAGAGGCGGCCAUAAAGCUGCAGGAAUUUUCCACACUUAUACAGUACGGGUGUCACAGUCACCUCAAGUUCUUCCUGUGUUCGCUGUACGCUCCAAUGUGCACGGAGCAGGUGUCCAACCCUAUCCCGGCAUGCCGAGUCAUGUGCGAGCAGGUCAAGCUGAAGUGCUCGCCCAUUCUGGAGAGGUUCAACUUCCCCUGGCCUGACUCCCUAGACUGCUCCCGUCUUCCCACCAAAAAUGACCCCAACAAUCUGUGCAUGGAGGCGCCCAACAACGGUUCUGAUGAGCCCCCCAAAGUGUCCCACACCCAGCCUCCAGAGUUCAGGCCCCAGCGGCCCCUGAGUGGACACGACCUGCACCUUAAGGACAGCGGUGGCAGCAAACAGACCUGCAGCAACCCUGGCAAGUUCCACUUUGUGGAAAAAAGUGAGUCAUGUGCCCCAAAGUGCUACUCAAAAGUGGAUGUGUAUUGGAGUCAGGGGGACAAGCAGUUCUCUCUGGUGUGGAUGGCCAUCUGGUCCAUCCUCUGCUUUGUCUCGAGUGCCUUCACUGUUCUCACGUUCCUCAUUGACCCACAGAGAUUCAAAUACCCUGAGCGGCCAAUCAUCUUUCUCUCCAUGUCUUACUGUGUUUACUCUGUGGGCUAUCUCGUUCGACUUUUGGUGGGAGCUGACAGAAUAGCCUGUGACAGGGACAACGGGGUGCAGUAUAUCAUCCAAGAAGGUCUGGAGAGCACGGGCUGCACCAUUGUCUUCCUCAUCCUGUAUUACUUUGGCAUGGCCAGCUCCCUCUGGUGGGUUAUCCUGACCCUGACUUGGUUUCUAGCUGCAGGAAAGAAGUGGGGCCACGAGGCCAUUGAGGCCAACAGCAGCUACUUUCACCUGGCCGCAUGGGCCAUCCCAGCUGUGAAGACCAUCAUGAUCCUGGUGAUGAGGAAGGUGGCCGGGGAUGAGCUAACAGGCGUCUGCUACGUGGGAAGCAUGGAUGUGAAAGCGCUGACCGGCUUCGUGCUCAUUCCCCUCUCCUGCUAUCUCAUCAUCGGCACGUCGUUCCUGCUGUCUGGCUUUGUGGCCCUCUUCCACAUAAGGAAGAUAAUGAAAACCGAGGGCGAGAACACGGACAAGCUAGAGAAGCUGAUGGUCCGCAUCGGCAUCUUCUCGGUGCUCUACACCGUCCCAGCCACCUGCGUCAUCGCCUGCUACUUCUAUGAGAGGCUCAACAUGGACUACUGGCGCAUCCUCGCCGCGGAGCAGAAGUGCACGGAAAGCAGCGAGCCGGACUCGGACGAGUGCGUCAUGAAGGCUUCGAUCCCCGCCGUGGAGAUCUUCAUGGUGAAGAUCUUCAUGCUGCUGGUGGUCGGCAUCACCAGCGGGAUGUGGAUCUGGACCUCAAAGACGCUGCAGUCGUGGCAGAACGUGUUCAGUAGGAAGCUGAAGAAGAGGACGAGGAGGAAGGCUGCCAGCGUCUUCACCAGCAGCAGGCCCUACAUGAAACCUCACCCGUCUCUCAAAGGGCACAACACGAAGUACGAGCCCACCCGACCCCCUCCGACAUGCGUAUGAGCUGGUUCUCACUGUGUACGAACCCAAAAAAAGCAGGACUUCUGAUCGAUCAGAAAGCCAUCAAAAAAGAAUCAAAUGCUUUAUUUAUGCAUCGUGCACUGAGAACACACGCUUGGUUUUUGUGCUUUCAGCCAUGUCAUGCAACAAGAGCAGGUUUUGUUUGAGCAAACUCUGCUUCACUCUUGUUCUUUUUGAAAACAUGGAUUUUAAAAAAUGGUAUUGUUCCAGAGACAAAAACCUUUUGGAUUUGCGUUACUUGAAUUAUGUGCAAUAGUUGUUUUCCUUUCUGGCUGGUGACACAUUUCAGACAAUAGUCGGAGAGAUGACUGUUGUUUCUGGGCUUUUUAAUGGAAAUCCAGGCGGUGUCAUGUGUUUAAACUGGACUGAAGCAGCUGCUGAACGGCGCUGAGACCUUCCCAAAUGCCCCGUUGUGAAGCGAGUCCAUGUCAUAAAUUAAUCAAGUACCCUUUAUUGAAAAAAAAAUGUUCACAGUGUUUCUGCUUUUUUCUUUUCUUUGCUAUUUUAUAGCA